UUUUGGAAUACAGUAUGUGAUACUCGUCGAAGAAAUGCUUGCUAAUGAAUUUAUAAUACGUCAAAGUUAAACUUUUUUAACGGACGACACAGUUUGCUGGAUUCACAUGGACAUUUAGUACACACGUGCCUUCUACAACUUAUCAAUUUCGUUCAAGGGUUGCCGGAACAAUAAUUAAAAGAGUAUAGAAAACCGAAAGAAGGAAUAGGACUAAGGAAUUUCAGUGUUCAUUUCGCUCUGGGAUCUUGUUGGUUUUAGUACAAGUAUAUAACAUGACCGGUAGCACCAUCGACAUAGGUUAUGUACAAGUUCUGCAGACGUUAAAGGUGCAUACGAGCGAUGUGACGAGCGUUGAUUUUGCCAGUGAUUGCGUGUUGGUGACUGGAUCCGGAGAUAAGCGCAUUCGAGUUUGGCAAUGGCGAGCAUGUAGCGGAUACGUGGAAGCAUGUUUUUCGCCUUUGCUGGGACACAAAUAUGGAAUUACGUCGGUGAAAGUAAGCCCCCGAUCGACAAUGUUAGCUUCAGCCAGUAUAGACGGAACAACGCUGUUGUGGAAUCUACGGACAGGUUCGAAGAUACACACCAUGGUUCAAACUGGCGGAGAAGCUGUAAGAGUUUGCAGAUUCUCGCCAGACUCUACGUUGCUCGUAACUGCGGGUGACAAUGGGCAAGUCUGUGUCUGGGAUUUGAUUCGACGUAAUUUAAUUAGAUGUUUCCAACAGCACGACGGCUCUGUGCAAAGUGUGUGCUUCUCACCGGAUUCCAGUUGGUUAAUCACGUGUUGCACGUUGGGGGUCUUGAAGUUAUUUUCCACUGCCGAUAUUAUUGAUUCGUGCAUUUCUGAUAAACAAACAGUUACCGCGUUUGCCUGGAUAGACGAUGCUCAUGAUUUGGGUGUCGUCUCUUGUGAUUUCUCGAUUUCUCAGGAAGUUACAAGCAAUGAUCCAUUUACAAAGCUGUAUCAAUUCGUUACUUGCGGUAACGAUCAUUGUGUGAAAUUAUGGGAGAUGACGGUAACAGAAACAACAAAGUGUCAGGCUGAAUUGUUCACUGCCGAAAUAAAAAUCUGCAGAAUUAUGGAGAAGCAUAGUAGUGCCUUGACAUGCGUUCGUUUUAAUAUGAACGGAUUGUAUAUCGUUAGUAGUAGUCUCGACAAAACAGCGGUGAUCUGGGAAACGCGCACGGGUAAAAUAAUGGCGACAUUGUCAGGACACAACAGAUACGUAGCAUGCUGCGCAUUCUCGAGAGAUGGAAAUUUAUUAGCGACGGGGUCGAACGAUAAGUCCGUCAUUAUAUGGGAUUUAACGGGAGGCUUAUGUCUCGAUUCGGAACUCGCACGAGGCUUCUUGUCUUCUACUACAUUGUUAUUGACAGAUUCUGGAGAGACCGCGAAACACGAACAAGAUGUGAUGAAAAACGCAGAGACAUCGAUCAAUGACGUUAAAUUACUUCAAAGGCUAGAGGACCACAAUGGUGUAGUAAACAGCGUAGCUUUUUACGGAAAUCAUCUUAUUGCUUCUGGAUCAGGGGACAAGUUAGUACGCGUAUGGAACGUUGAAACGGACGAGGAUGGAGAUUCAGUAAACGUUGCUAUGAAAUUUCAAGAAAAACCAUACAGUCCAAUGGACGGUCACAAAUACAGCGUGAAUCACGUCGAGUUCAGUCCCUGCGGUACUAUGCUUGCAUCUUGCUCGUUAGACGGCACAGCUAUCAUCUGGAAUACCGAGAACGGGAGUCAAGCAAAAUCUUCUUUCGUAAAUUCGGGAUCUGGCAUUCGCGUCUGUCGAUGGUCACCGGAUGGCACCAAAAUUGCUACAGCCGGAGACGAUGAAAUAGCAACGUUAUGGGAUGUAAAUAAUAUGGUGGAGCUUUGUACUUUCAGAGGCCAUUCAGAUGCGGUGAACGCUGUCGCUUUUACGCAUGAUUCUCGUUAUUUGGUUACGGCAUGCAACGAAGGAUCUUGGAGGUUAUUUAAUACCAUGGACAAUAAAUGUAAUGCUGCUCUGAUGAUCUGCGAAGAAGCUCAUGACUUGGGCGUUCAAGGUUGUGAUUUUAGCCCAACCGCCAAUUUCACUCUUACCGCAGGAAGAGGGCUGACUGACGAUGAUAAGCAAUCUUACCUGUUAGCGACGAGCGGUAAUGACUCAUUGGUGAAAUUAUGGCAAAUAACAGUUUAUAAGAAAAAUGAGACCAUCAUGGCAGGAGGUGGCAGUACCGGAAGCAGCGAUUGCGAUACACGAUACAAACAAAGAAACGUUUUGACUGGACACGGCGGUAACGUCACGUGUGUUCGGUUUUCACCGAUUCAAGGAGAAAUCCUAGGAAGCGUAGCUACCGAUCGAACAGCCCGUAUUUGGAGCGUAUACACUGGAGAUUGUUUAUACGUACUAGAAGAACACGAAAGCCUUGCAACUACCUGCGCAUUUUCCGAAAAUACUUCUCUUUUUAUUACAGGUGCGUUAGACAAAACAAUCCUAGUCUGGAAAAUACCUCAACAACUGAUUUCGCAGAAUAUCUUGAUCGAUAACUUGAAGCAGAACAGGAAACAGGUUGUGAACUGGAGAGUUGACGACACGUUAAAAUGGCUGAAGGAAAUAGGAUUAUUCGCGUUAACGAAGAGAGCUCGUACGAUACAUCUAACCGGUCGUCUAUUGCUCAACGCAUCGGAAGACGAAUUAACAAGGAACCUACAAAUCGAACAAGAUGAACACGCGGUUGAAAUUUUCAAAACUCAGCUGUAUUGGUUGAAGCGCGAAGACAACAACGUUAUUGAAACCCCUAUAGACGAUUCUGAAAUACCUCAUGAAUUUCUAUGCCCCAUCACGCAUGAGAUAAUGAAAGAACCCGUUCGAUGUUCUGACGGAUUUACGUACGAGAGAGCAGCUAUAAACGAAUGGUUUUUAUGCGGAAAAUAUACAAGUCCUAUGACAAACAAAUUUUUGCAAGACACUUCGUUUAUAACGAACAUCGAGCUCAGAAAUAUGAUAUAUACUUUUCUUCACGGAAACCGACCGCAAUCCUGAGUAACGCAGUCUCUUUGUAGUUUAUAGAUUGCGUUAAAGCACACGAUACGAAUUUUACACGCGGAUCGACAAAGAAACCACGUCCUCUUAUUACAGUGCAUAUCUACCUACUUUGUAAUGUUUUUCACACGUUUUGCACCUAAAAUCGCUAUAAAAUGCGCGGCGGAGAUUUUUUAUGUACGAGCAUAGGCGUACAAUACCGUGUGUGUGUGUGUGUGUGU